AUGAGCGAAAUCAUCUCUUCUUCCAACAAGCUUCGCGUUUUAAUGGAAGACCAUCAAGAAUUCGAGAAAUCCAUCUUCGAAUUACGCCUUAACAAGUUGAGCAAUCGCACUAAGAAGAUUGGUGUAGGGGAAUCGAUGAACCAUUACGAAAAGCUCUACGGAUUGAGGGAGAACCCUAAGAAAACCCAGAAAUCUCUACUCGUCGUUCAUCGAAGGAAGAAUAAGAAGAGUUUGAUUCGAUGCAGGGAAUGCGGGAAAGGGUUUCUUUACGAGAAAUGUCUGCUGACUCAUCGCCAAGUGACACAUUCAGAAGAAUCUAUGAGAACAAGUCUCUUGUGCAGCUUCAGUGUUGUGCAGAGGAGGAAGAGAUCGAAGAGAGUUUCCAGGUACAAGACGAAGAGUACUCGAUUCUCUGUUUCUUCUUCUUCGUUUACAGUGUUUCCUGUUUCUGUGGAUGAUGGAGAAUUAUUAGAAGUCGCUGAGUCUCUGAUUCUGUUGUCUAUGAGUGGUGGAAAGUUCUUGAAUGGUUUGGAACGCUUUGAUAAAGCUCUGGAUUCGUCGAAUCAGAGAGAAUAUGGAGAUGGGUUUUUGAGGAAUGAUCAAAGACAUGUUGCUGAAGCUCUGGAUUCGAAUUCAGAGGUGGAUUUGAGUAAAGAUGGAGACUUUGAGGAAGAUGGGGUUUUGAGUAAUGAGCAGAAGAAACUUGUGGGAGUUAGCAUAGAAUCUGAUGGAACAUGGAAAAAGCUUUCGGAUUGCUUGGCAGACAAGAAGGCCAGUGAAGACGAUGAAUCGGGUCAGCAGAAGCAGGUACGAGCUGGAAUGCUUAGAGAAGAAACGGAUAAUGGAGAGAAACUUGUUGGUCAAGAAACUGCUUUUGAAGAUUCACAUUCAGGAAAGAAAGGUUUUGAGAUGAACAAUGAGCAUCGGUGUGGGCUCUGUGACAAGGUUUUCUCGACUUAUCAAGCUCUUGGUGGUCAUCAGACGUUUCAUAGAAUAAGAAACAAGUCCAAAAGUCAAACCAAGAGAUGCAGAAAGGAACCAGUGGAAGUUGGGGAGCUGAGAUUAAUGGGUCAGUAACGUUGAGACAGAAGUGCAGACUCAAAGGCUAUUUAGGUCGUCGGUUCAGGCUUUAAGAGGUCACCCACACGAGAUCAAAUGAUGAAGAGUCCUUCAGAUUCGAUGUGAAUGUUGAUUUGGGGUUACUGGUGGAAUGUUUGAGCUGGAGUAUUGAAGAGGAAGCUCUCUGUCUCUGUCUCUUUCUUUUAUGGAGUUUUUGGGUAUUGUUUGUGUUGACAAAACUCAAUUGCUGUUGUUUUGUAAGCUUUGAGGUUUGUAUUUCGUAGUCGUACGUAUAGAAGACUUUGGUUCUCAG